AAGAAACUUAAAAGUUUUUCAUUAGAUUUUAUUUUUGCCCCUAAAUGUAGUAGUAGAUUCAAAAUAGCAUAGAAUCAUGGGAGAAAGUAUUGAACUAAAACUCUGGAGACCUCACUUCAGUUUUGACUUUGGCAUUUAUUACCUGUGUGACUUUGGACAAAUCAUUGACUCCUGAAACCUGUUUUUUCUUCAUCUGUUAUAUGAGGAUGUUAGAUUGGUUGUUCUCUCUGGUCCCUUUCUUUUCUAAUACUGAGUCUUAAAGGGCACCCAUGUAGAAAAUGAAAUCAGAGGCUUGUUGAAGAGUGUUUCAACAGAAAGAGAGAAAACCUAGGUUAUGUAGAAAACUAGCAAUAUUUACCAAGAUAUUUCAUCUGUUAACAGUUCCUCCACUAAUAUUUUGACUUAGUAUUUUUAAUUUAGUGCUGCUCAAAAAGUCAAAUUCACAUGUUUUCUAACUAAUGUAGGUGUAAAGGGAAAACAGGAAAAGAGGAUGGAGGAGAGUGGGCUCUAGGGAGGCAAGUCUUGAAAGGUAAGGAAGUUUAGGAUUGUUUCCCUCAGCACAGGCUACCAGGAACCAAGGAGGAGGGGGAAAAUAUAAGAAUGAAAAGAAAGAGCAUAGAGAAGAUCUCAAGGGGAGAGGGUGGGGGAAGAGGUAGUUUAGGGUGGAAUAUUGAAGGAAACCAAAGAUUUUAAAUUAAAGCAGAAAGAGCAUAAAAUGAAAUCUGCUUAGAGCAGGGCAAAACAAAGUUGAUUUUAGCUAAUACUUACAUUAAGAGACUAGGAAGGAAAGUAAGGCCGGAAUUGGGCGUCACCAGGAAAAGCAACUUACAGAAAGGUCGUACUCAGUUGUUGUUUGCUUGCUUUUUUGUAUUGCCUCUCUGAACACAGAUGGCACUGAAAAGUUUUGAAUGUAAACAUUUUAAGAAAUAUGCUUUAGAAAUGAUGCUUCUUGAAAAAAAAAAAGAAAUGAUGCUUCUUAUCCAAGAAAUUAAUAAAAGUGACUAUCUAAGGGGCUGGAGGAAACCGAAUAGUCAGUUUUAUUUCAUUCUGCUUUUUUAAGCCAUGUAGGUGUUUUGCCUAUUAAAAACAAGACUCAGUUUAUCUAAAAAUUGGUAUCUCCUAGACUGAAUCAUAAGGACUAAUUCCUUUGUGUGAUAAGUAGGUUCCAAGUCAAGGCUUCCUUUCAUCUUCUCAGUUACUUUCUUCCCAACAUGGAGCACACAUCUGUUUUCAUAUCUCAGCAACCUAAGAAGAAAAGUCAAGCCCCACAUCCCUAAUUCCACAUUUAUCUAAAACAAUUUUGUAGAGUCCUUUGGGUUUUCUUACAUUAAACAUUUUUGUCUGUUUGUUUGAUUUCAGCGAUGGUGUUUUUUUAUAGGCUUUGGGGAUGACAUUUUACUGAAUGCUGAAGAUGAUUAAAAUAUAUUUUUAGAUAAAUAGAAAAACCUUCAUGGUGCUUUUUAAAUGUUCCUCCUUUUGUUAUAUGAUUAUAUUGAAAUAUACAUUUGUAUUAGACUUAGUAUCUGUUACUUGCUGGGUAAUAUUUGGGAAAAUGGGACUGAAUGCAGUAACAAUUCCUUUACACUUAUUUUCCUCUCUGCUUUGUACCAGAUUUCAUUGUAAUACUUGUCUACAAAAGCUGUGGCUACCUAUUCAUUCACAUUUAUGGCAUUUGCUGCUUGUUAUGCAGUUUUUACUGAUCUAUCCUUGUCUGUAUGUCCUGGUUAGGAAUUCAUUCAAAAUCACCUUCUGUUGUUGUGGGCUCCAUUUUGUUUAGUAGUAUUCAGCAAAAUUGGGUAGGCAAUAUUCACUUCUGUAAUAUUGUAUGUAUGAUAAAGAACUUGUUAUAUCAGUAAACUUAUUAUGCCUCGAUGCUUGCUACAUAUCCCAGUUUUCAUUAAUAUCUAUAUAUUUCUUCUUAGUUCUGUAAUGUGUGUUUUUCAUGAUUUUUCUGUCUUUUCGGAACAUAUCUUCCUUCAUAUAAAUCAUAUGUAAUGUAUCACUUUUAUUCAUGUGCGAAUUAUUACUACUACCAUUGUUGUUGUUACUAUUACAACCACUUUAUAGAUGAGUAAACUGAAGCACAGAGACAGCUUAAAUAACUUGAUUCUAUCAAAAAGCACUUUUUGAGAAACUUAGUUUCAGGUAGUCAUUUUGAGGUAGGAUCAGAAACCAGGCUUAAGAAGAAUGACCCUUAAAAAAAAAAAAGGUUUUAUUUUUAAGUAAUCUCUAUACCCAACGUGGAGCUCAAACUCACAACCCCGAGAUCAAGAGUCACAUGCUCCUCUGACUGAGCCAACCAGGAGCCCCACGAAUGACCCUUUGAAUUUACCAGCUGGACUGAGCUGUAUGCGAACUGCACAAGCAAAACAAGACCCUGAAGAUUACAAUGAAAAUUUCCAAAAUCCAUCUUUACUUGGAACUCCAAACUCUCUGCAGCUCUCUCUCCCUGUGGUGAGCAAUGCAGCUUCCCUAGCAGGAAGUGUCUACAGCUUCUCCAGAGUCUCUGCUCCAGCAGUCAGUUCGGCAUGGCUACUGCCAUCAGCUUCUGGCACUUCUUUCCAGCCACUCAUGGGUAGUGCCUACCUUUACCAACAUUCCAGUACAACUAUGUUGUCUGGAGUUACUGCCCAGAGCCAGAUCUCCACUUCAGCUGCUUCCUAUCCAGGUAUUUUUGAGUGGGAUAGCACAGGGAGCACUGAAAAGAAGUCAUCUUCACUUGGAGACUUCACUGUGACUGUCACUGACCAGGACACGGCUGUUUCUUCCAUAUCUAUGGCAGCCCAGUAUGAUAAAACUUCAGAGGCCAAUAACAUGGUCCCUCUGUAUCCAUCACUUUCUGCCAGCCGUGUUCAGGGAACACCAUCUCAGAUUCCAAAUCAGGGACACAGCCUAUCACUUCCCUACCAGGAAGGAAGCCAGGUAUAUUACUAUAAUCAAGGCACACUGGGACCUCUACUGUCUGGAGAACUUGGUCCCUACCUGCAGUCCUAUGGCUCUGUGUCAUACAUGGGAAGUAAGGCCUCUGCCCCCCAACCAGAAAUGGUCAUGGUACUAAAGGAGGUUCAGCCCACAAAUGUCCCACCACCAGCCUCCACCUCUGGAAUCUACUACUCUGUAUCUGCUCAACCCAUCACAGAAACAAGUUUUCAAGUGGUGGAUACUUCCCUGGGGAUGGAGACUUCCCUGGGAUUGCAAUCUCCAAGUCAGACAUUUUGUCUGCCACAAACUCCAGAAUUCCCCAAGUCCUGCAGUAGCAGAAAUAUCCAGGUACUUGAAAGCAACCCACCUCCUGAACUUGGAGACAUCUCAGUGAUAGCUCCUGUCCAGAGUUCCAGUAAUCUGCUGGCACUGCCUCCAGCUCCAAGCCAGGAACAAACUGAGAAUAAGAAUUUGAGUGAUACUAAAACCAAGCUUUCAAAGCCUCUGGAUGCCUACCAGAUCCCAUUAGAAAAUCAAGAUCCUCCACUUCUUCCUUUAGAAAUUCCUGAUAUUCACCAGCUCCUGGCCUGCAUUGAUCCCCUUGGCCAAGAGGAGCAGUCUGGUUCUGAAAACACUGAUCUGGGAAAAAAUGGUAUGAGUCUUGAGGACCAAGGGACCCUUGAAAAUGGGAUUGUAUCUAGUGGUGGUUUCGCAGACAUCACUACUCUAGUGGAGGAUAUUCAUCUUCCCCAGCUCUUUAAUUCCUUGAACGACCUUGAUCAAUCCAAAGGUCCCAAGGUGAUCAAUGCCAAAGAUACCAGAAUCAUCAAGUUGAAUGAAGUGCAAGAAAAGUCAAGUGUCAUAAAGUUGUCCUCUGAUCAAGCCAGGAAGAAUAAACACAAAGCUGCUGAGACUAUCAAUGGUGUUCCCAAGACCAAAAUCCAGCCAAAGGACCCAGGAUGCCUGUUAGGGGAAGAAGUGGUUAUUUGCAAUGCUGGAGAUAGUGACAGGGCUCAUGUGAAUUCAGCCAAGCAUUCCAACAGCAAAUCUCAGAAAGCUGCAUCCAGCAGGAUCAGCAAAACUAAGAGCCAUGGGCAGGAAAAGACCAAAAGGAGCAGAGAAAACAACCCCAAGAAAGCUGAAGAGAUUAAGCAGUCAGGGAACACAGUCAAGGCAGAAGAGAAGCCAACCAUUCCCAAGAUGAAGCGGAGGAGAAAUCAACCUGAGCUUAGCCAAGAGACCUUUAAAAAGCCUCGAAGCUGCCUAGGCAUGCACAUGUUGGAGUCUGUACAGAUUUUUCACGCGCUGGGGAAAAAGAGUGAUAAGAAAAUCAGACUCUCUUCCUCCUGGGCCCUGGGAAACUCCAGCAACCCUAAAGUUGCCCAGCCAUCCCCAGUUAUCAAACGAUGGCUGGACACCCCACGUGAGGGUAAAGGUCCUGAAAAAAAUAAAGUCAAAGUCCAGAAACAAGACAGUGGUGCUGACACAGAGUGUCCAUCUCCAUCCCAGUAUGAGCUGCCACCUCCUGGGAAGGUCAAGUUGGUGCCUUUGCCUUUUCCAACCUUGGAGAAGCCUCAAGCUCGACCUGUUCUUCGGAGGCCACACUCUCUGGCCUCACGUCGGUCUGCUGUGGCUUACCCUGCCCGGCCAGGGUCCACUAGCUCAGCUCAACCUAUUGCAGUCAAUUCAUCCCGGCCAACCCCUGUCUCCUUGACAGGUCCUGCCAGACCAGCUCGGCCAAUUUCAACCAAUCCAACCCGACCAGGUUUGACCAACCCUACCCGGCCUAGUGUCCCUCACUCUGCUGCAUCCAGACCUGCACCCUACAAAACGUCAUCCUGCACCUCUCUCCAGCAGGAACCCAUUCCUACUGCUGUGACCAAACUCCAGUCCCCACCCAAACCUCACAAUCAAUUUCUACUCCAAGACUUCUGCUUUCAACCUAUUCCAUGGAGAAAACCCAAUGUUCCUGAGCCAGUAAUGUCGAAGCCCAUCACAAAAGAACAGAGGCCAGAGCGAGAGGCCAUGAAGCGGCAGGCUCAACAAGAGCGUGAGAAUGCAGCCAAAUACACCUCUUUGGGGAAAGUGCAGUUUUUCAUUGAGAGGGAAAAAGAUAUGGAAAUUGCUCGAUACUAUGGCUAUGCAAUAUAAGAGCUGCUACGUUUGUUGGUACCACUCUGGGUACCAGCCAUUUAUCCAUAUAUAGAUAGAUAGAUAUAAAUUUCUCUAUUUACUCAGAUGUAUUUUAAAACUUAAUAAAACAUAAUAAACAUAAUUAAUAGAUGAGAAAUAAAGAA